AUGGCAAACUUCACAAGUUUUGUUUACCUUUUAGCGAGCCAAGGGGUAAUUGACCUUGACUCAUCGGAACCUCUGUGCGUUAGCAGUCAAGGGGUAGCCAGCCAAUGUUCCGAUGAGUCUACUAUCAAAGAGAGGACAAAAUGGUCACCAAAGGAGGAUAUAAUCCUCAUUAGUGCUUGGCUCAACACGACCAAAGACCCAAUAGUUAGUAAUGAACAGAAAGGCCUUGCGUUCUGGAAGAGGAUUGUAGAGAACUACAACUCCAGUCCUCUACUGGUUAGAACAAUCCCACGAGAACUUGGGCAAAUCAAGCAACGAUGGGCUAGGAUCAAUGAUUUGGUGUGUAAGUUUUCUGGUAGCUACGAGAUGGCACUGAGGGAGCAGAGAAGCGGGCAAAAUGACAACGACGUGAUGAAGGCUGCCUUGGAUAUCUUCUUCAAUGACAAGGGCUUUGAGUUCAACUUUGAACAUGCGUGGAGAGAGCUUAGGCAUGAUAUCAAAUGGGGCUCCACCUAUCUCGGGAAGGACAGUGGAAAAGACAAGUGCAAAACAGGUGAUUCUGAUGCUCAAGGGUCAGUGACAGAGGCACAAGAGAGACCCAUAGGAGUGAAGGCAGCUAAGGCUGCUGGCAAGAGGAAGAAAAUUGGAAAAGAAGAAGAAUUAGGACAACUUAAAGAAUUGAUGGAGACCAAAAGGCAAAUCUCAAAUCAGAGUUUGCUUGCAAGUUUGUUUGCAAAGACCGAGCCACUGACUGAGAUGGAAUUAGCUCUGAAAAUGAAAUUAAUGUCUGAGAUGUUGUGA